CGCGUUGCUCAGCUGUUCACGGAAGUCUCUGCUGUCAUUGGUGCCAGAAAAUUUGAAAGUCGCAAAAAAUCAUAUUGCGCCUAGGCCUAGUAAUAGUUCUCUUGCUUAUUUUGUCUUUUGUCGGUUCUAUUUCGUCGGUCGCUCGAGAAUUUAUCCAUGCAGUUUGAUGAUAGUGCAAAAUGGCUAUGGGAGUCCAAUAUGGUGUUGAUGUUGGUUGGACUUGUUCUAAUUUACCUAACUUUCACAAUUAUGGAGUACACAACAAAGAGGAGACUUAUGAAGCAAAAAAUUAGCUACAAACUGGAUCAAGCAAAAAAAAAUCUAGCCAAGUUAGAAGAGGAACUUGAUAACAAUGAAAAUUCAGUCAUUGCCAAACGCAAGCAUAUAGUUGAGUUUCCCAUAGAGGAUUUGCUGAAAAAACUUCAAGCUGGAGAAUUGAACUGCAUUGAAGUACUUAAAGCAUAUCAGGCUAAGGCCCUAGAUGUGACAAAAGAAUUGAACUGUGUGACAGAAUUCAUUGCAGAAGCUGAGGAAUGGGCUAAGGAAUUGGAUGCUAAUGCUGCUGCCACAGGGAAGAGAAAGCCACUUCAUGGUCUUCCUUUUAGCGUCAAAGAUAACGUCAGUAUUGUUGGUUAUGAUUGCACCGCUGGAAUUUCGAAAUUUAUCAACCAAUCUGCCAUCGAAGAUGCUGCCUUGGUUUCUGCAAUCAGAAGCCUCGGUGCAAUACCAUUCUGCAGAACGAACGUCCCCCAAACAUUGUUGAGCUUUGGAUGUAGUAAUCCAAUAUGGGGUUCCACGAAAAAUCCGUGGUGUAAAGAUCGGACGCCGGGAGGCUCCUCUGGUGGAGAAGCUACUUUGGUUGCUGCUGGAGGUUCACUGCUUGGAAUCGGUAGUGAUAUUGGAGGAAGUAUUCGUAUUCCAGCAGCUUUUUGCGGAGUUUUUUCCAUCAAGCCAACUAGUUUAAGACUCAGCUACAAAGGAUUCAGGAAAUCUGCUGUCGGUUGUAUUGGAAUUCCUUCUGUACCUGGAAUAUUGGCACGAGAUUCCAAAACUGUGAUUUUGCUCUGCAAACUGCUGCUUGACGAUGGUUACAUUCGAAGAUACUUUGAUCCCGAUCUGCUACCAAUACCCUGGAACGAACAAAUGUUUACCGUUUCGAGUAAGUUGCGAAUAGGCUAUUAUGAAGAAUGCGACUACUUUCCCUGCACGCCUGGCGUCCGUCGCGCCAUCAGGAUAGCUAAGGAAAAAUUGGAGGCGUUAGGACAUGAAUUGAUUCCGUUUUUGCCACCGCGAGUUGACUAUGUUAUUAGUUCAGUCAUUAGCAUGUUUUACGCGGAUCAAGGAAGAUACGUUUUGGAAGCGCUCUCAGUUGACGACAUCGAUCCAUUACUCGCCUUACAAAUUAAAAUUGCUCUGAAGCUACCGCAUCCUGUAAAACAAAUGAUUCGACCGUUACUCUCUUUGAUCGCCCCUCGUCUCGCACCCUGCUUCAUGGCUGCUGCGGGCCACCAAUAUCGACACUCGUACCAAUUGUGGCAGGGGGUCUUGAAACAAAGCGAGUAUAAAGCGAAUUUCCUCUCCGAUUGGCGGAACUUGAACUUGGAUAUCUGCAUCGGUCCAUGCUUUGCUUGUCCAGCUCCAUUAGCCAAAGACACGGGCCGGCUUUCACCCGCGUUUGCCUAUGCUUGUCUUUACAACUUUUUGGAUUUUCCUGCUGGCAUCGUACCGGUCACGAAAGAAACGGAACAAGACCAACUGAUGCUGUUGAAUGGCGGUUACGAUUUUAGAGACUUGGUCUGCAAACUGGUGAAAAAGACUACCCAAGGAGCUAUCGGUUUGCCAAUACCAGUACAAGUCAUUGGACUUCCUUAUCAAGAAGAAGUCGUACUUCGUGCAAUGAACCUUCUCGAGUCCGCGAUUCAAAAUUGAAUUGUCUUCCAAAAUUUAUUCCGGGACUUAAGUGCCGUAUUUUACCGUCCACGUAACGCACAACAAAACCCAUAUUCUUUCUUGUUGCUCACAAAUAUUCAAUUGGUUUCAAUUUAGUGAAAUGUAUUCAAACUAAAACCAGAAGGAUUUGACAGAAAUUUUAGUCGAAGAAACGUAGUUGCAAUCAAAUACACUAGAUGGCCUUUACGCCAAUAAAAGCCAA